GAGCGGCUGUGGUGUGGUGUGCGGCGGCCGUUGCGUUCUUCUGACGUCUGGUGUGUGCUGUGCGGCAGCUGCUGAUCGGCUACCUGGGAGACCAUCGCUGGGUGUCCGGCACAGCGCUCUAUGUGGCCUGUAUGCUCUGCUCCGGCGGCGCCAUGGCACUGGUUCCCUCCUGCCACUCGUACUCAGCACUGGUCGCGGUGUCAUCGGUAUUCGGGUUCUGCAUUUCGGCCAAUUACACGCUGGCGCCGACCAUACUUGUGAGCCUGAUCAGCAUCGACAACUUCACCAGCGCCUACGGCCUGCUGUUGCUGGCACAGGGGCUGGCCAACCUGGUGGGGCCGCCGCUCUGUGGCCUGCUGCAUGACCUGACGGCCACCUACGAGCUGACUUUUCUGGUGGCCGGCGCGGCGGUCAGCGUGUCCGGCGCGCUGCUCUGUCUGGCUCGGCUGGCCCGCGCCGCGCGCGCCAGCCACCGCGCUCUGAAGAGGGUCGCCUCCAGUGAGCGCUCUGAACGCCGAGCCGGCGCUGCCAGCCUCUGAGCGGCCGCAGCUCGGUGACACUGCAGGCCCGCGCUCGGGGCCGGCCGACAAUCGGCGCCCACCGAUAUCGUAGCCUUAGAACAGUCUUUCUGUCCGAUAUGGCUUCUAGUCUGGAGCUUCUCCCUCCCUCCGAGCCCGGACGCAGCUGGCCUCGGCAUUGCUGUAGUGUGCGUGUGCGUGUGUGUGUGCCGACAAUGCGCCCACCGAUAUCGUAGCCUUAGGACAGUCUUUCUGUCCGAUAUGGCUUCUAGUCUCUGUAUGUGUGUGCGUGUGCGGGUGCGUGUGCGCGUGCGCGCGUGUGUGUGUGUGAUGUGGUUUUCUCGUCGCAUCUGGCACAGGUGCUGUGAAUCCAGCGACGUCCAGUGUCCACCGUAUGUCACUGCUGUGCCGGCCAGUCAGCUGCCGUCCGGAGGGAAAAAAACCGUAUCUGGGUCAGUUUUUUUCAAAAACAAAAAUGAUCAGGAGACUGGAGAGGCAAAAACGCGUUUUGAUUAUUAAUAGCCGCUAUAUCUGUCCAUUAACAAAAUUUAAGAUGCCGUCGAGAUCAGAUUGAAGAAACAAUAAAUUCAGUCAAAAUGGUU